AUGGGGUCAUCUGAUGGAGUAGUAGUAGUGGGAGGAGGGGGAGAAGUAGUGAAGCUGUUGGGGUCGUGGGGAAGCUCAUACACGCAGCGAGUGCAGGUGGCGCUGAAGCUGAAAGGGGUGGAGUACGAGUACGUGGAGGAAGAGCUGAGCAACAAGAGCACAACACUGCUGGUGUACAACCCGGUGUAUAAGAAGGUCCCAAUUCUACUCCACCGCCAAAACCCAGUUGCCGAGUCCAUCGUAAUCCUCCAGUACAUAGACGAGACCUGGACCCACACUCAUCCGUUGAUGCCCCUCGAUCCUUACGAGAGAGCCCUUGUGCGUUUCUGGUCUCAUUUUGCCGACGACAAGCUUGGUCCAUCAGUGGGGGCGGUGUUCCAAUCAAUGGCAUCGAUAGGAAUCGGUGAAGGUAGUGAAGAUGUGUUUGGAGCGGCGGUGGAGGAGGUGCGGAGGAACCUGAGGGUGGUGGAGGAGGAGAUGGAGAAGGGGUGGUUGAGAGGGAGGAGAUUCUUGGGAGGGGAUAGUGUUGGAAUUCUGGACCUCGUCAUCGGGUGUGGAUCCCACUGGAUAUGGGCUUUGGAGGAAGUUGCGGGCCUCAGUCUUGUGGAUCAAACCACUUUCCCAAGGUUUCACUCUUGGCUUCGGGACUUGGAGCAACUCCCCGAGUUCACCCAAACCAUCCCUCCCGCCGAUCAACUGCUACAUAUGUUACGCGGCCAAACCGGAACCUCUUCUUCUCCUUCUCCUUCUCCUUCUCCUUCUCCUUCUUCAACAACUGAUGAACAACCUCGACCUGUCGACCUCAUGAAUUAACCUCAUCGAUCGACUAAAUUAUAAUUAGCAUUUACCAGCAGCUCUGAUACUUUAAUAUCUCUCUCUCUCUUUCUCUCUUUCUAGCAGCUAGCUAAGCUUUUCACUUUGGUUUCGUAGUAAACUCGCAGCUAUAUGUAGUAGUACGUACAGAGCUUGUAGUUAAGGAGGUUAUGAUCUAUCUAAUGUGACC